AUGAUGCAUAGGCAGCCGAAUCAUGUCAUGACUUUCUUGCUGGCUGAACUGGGGACAAGUGGAUCACUUGAUGGGCAACAAAGUCCGGACACUAUGCUUUCAAAAAAGAAUCGUCUCCUCCCUCUUAAAUGCGAGGAGUGUGGUUCUGAGCGAUCAGUUGCUCAAAUUAAAGCUGGUUUUCUGGCUCGUGUGGGAUCAAGGAAUGCAAGAACAUGA